AUGGCGAUUUUGUCGAAUUUGGGGAGAAGUCUCCCCUUGCUCGCGCUCUUUGCGCAAAUCCUCCCUGUAAUGUCAACCGUGACUCCGAUAGUAUCAUGUUCAGAGACUACAGCGCAAUUAUUUGGAAACCCUAGUUUUGAAGACGGAACGGCUGACGACUGGACAUUGACGAACGUCUCUCCCUCAUACAGCGUCGUUCAGGCGGGCACGUCCGCCGCGAAGGUUGCAGCUGCUGAGGACGGACGAUGGUUUCUACAAACUAAGGGGUACAGCCAUGCAUUCGACAUUUCUCAAACAAUCAACGGGCUCGAAGUUGGCAGUACUUAUUCUGGUUCAUACUACAUCAAUAUUCAGCUGAGCGGAUACUUGGGAGGUUGUUGGAAUUAUGCUUAUCUUGACUCAACUGCCGUUGCCAACCAGGUCUACAGAGAGUAUUUCUCUAUUGGGACAGCAUAUAAUACCUGGCAGAAGCAUACAUUUGUAUUCACGGCUACUUCUACUUCCCAUGAUGUGAUUUACAUCCUUAACUGUGGCUCCUCCUAUAAUGGAUCGCCGUGGUACGUUGGCUGGGAUAACUUUCAGGUUACUGGACCUACUAGCGUCUGCACAACUUCUUUCUCAACUGCCCCUGCUCCGACGCCAACUCCAACUCCUCUCCCUUCAUCACCUGCUGUAAUCUCUGCGUCGUCUUCUGCGGCUGUUAUCUCAGCAUCUUCAUCUGCCAUUGCCUCAGCAUCUUCUUCAGCCGUUGUCUCCGCAUCUUCGUCAGCCAUUGCCUCAGCAUCUUCUUCAGCCGUUAUCUCCGCGUCUUCUUCGGCUGUUGUCUCUGCAUCUUCGUCAGCCGUUGUCUCCGUGUCUUCGUCAGCUAUAGUUCCGGCAUCUUCAUCGCCUGUUAUUAGCGCAUCCCCGUCCUCAUCUGCUGUUGUUCGUCCUUCUUCCCGCCGCCCUACACGCCCUUGCACGCGUAAGACUCCUAGUCCCUCUGGUACCGUGCGUCCUUCAUCGUCAGCUCACAUCUCCAUUCCCACAUCGCGUUCUACUCGUCCUUGCACCCGCCGGCCUACCUCGAGCCCUGCUGUGCCAACUACAUCAUUGCCAACCACUGCUCAAUCUUCCGGGGUUUCGUCUUCCACCAUAACUUCUGCCACUAUUACUGGUUCUUCCAGCACGGCGUCUGCACCCGGUAACAACAAUGGUGGAUCCGUCACCACCUCAGCAGCUGUCAGCACUCAGGGCCCCGGCGAGCCUGGAUCAGGUGGAUCCACUACCUCAACUAUCUUUUCAACUCGUACAGCCACGAUCACUGCUUGCCCAACCACUGUCACCAACUGCCCGGCUAACCAACGCACCACAUACGUUACUACUGAGACUAUAGUUGUGUCUACAACAGUCUGCCCUGUUACUGCAGCUCAAGCAACGUCAACAUCAACAUCCGGCGCAAGUUCGGGCACAGGUUCGGGCUCGGGAUCCAGCACUGACACUGGUUCUGGCACUAGUCCUGGCUCAGGCACAGGUUCAGGUUCAGGCUCUGGUUCUACCACUGGCAGUGGCACUGGCACCAGUUCAGGCUCGGGCACAAAUUCCGGCUCAGGUCUUAACUCUGGUCCCGGAUCUAACACUGGCGCUGGCUCAGGCUCGGGUUCUGGUGCUGGCUCCAAGUCAUCCAGCAAAGCUGUCAGCCUAGCUUCUUCCACCAGUAUCGCUACUUCAUCUUCUCCCGUCAAGGCUGGACCCUCAUCGACUACGAGUGCAAAGGCUCCAGUCUACACUGGCGCCUCACCUUCUCAAUCGUCCUUCUUUUCUGGAAGCCUCGUAGUUGUGGCUGGUGUGCUGGCAAUUGUUCCCCUUCUCGUGUAG